AUGUUUAAUUUAACUAGAAAAUUACUACUACAUCGUCACCCAAAGUUUAGUCCAAACUUAAUUAGAAACUUGUUCAUACAAACCAUGGAAACUCCAAAUGAGCAAGCUUUAAAAUUCCUACCUUCAAGUAUUCAGAUUUUACAAGAAAAUCAAACAAAAGAAUUUUUAAGUGGUAGAGAAGCUCAUAAUUCUCCAUUAGCAAUCAAAUUAUUCUCCAUAGAUGGUAUUAGAUCUAUAAUGUAUGGAUCGAACUUUAUUACUAUCGAGAAGAGGCCAAAUAUUGAUUGGUCAUUAUUAAAACCUGAAAUAUUUUCAAUUUUGACCGAACAUUUGACUAAUGGAGCUCCAAUCUUCAUUGAAGAAGAAGGCGGGGAUAAAGAUACUAUGUCAUCGGAUUUAACAAUUAAUGAAGAAGAUGAUGAGGUUGUAUCGAUGAUCAAGGAGUUAAUUUUCACAAGAAUUAAACCAGCUAUUCAAGAUGAUGGUGGAGAUAUCGAAUUUGUUAAAUUUGAUCUGGAUUCGGGUACCGUUUUUUUAAAAUUAAAAGGUGCAUGUAGAACUUGUGAUUCAAGUUCCAUUACAUUAAAAAAUGGAAUUGAAAGUAUGUUAAAGUAUUAUAUUGAAGAAGUUGAAAAUGUCGAGCCAUUAGAAGAUGAACUCAUAGAAGGAGAGCAGACACCUGUUCAAACAAAUUUUAAAGAAGCUCGUUUAAAACCAGUUGCAAGAGAAGAUGAUGCACCACCAACCCUUUAG